CGAGCGUGGACGCGUUCGUUUAGUGCGUCUCUUGCAGUCAGCGAGAAGAGUUGUCUUUAUCAGCUGUUUACCCUUUCAUUUAACUCUUUUUGUUUUCUUUCUUUCAAUUGUUAAAACGAUUCGGUCGAAUCGAGUGCGCAUCGCGUGUAUUUGAGUCGUUCCGAGCGUGUACGAACUGAGAAAAUCUCAGUUGAUUUUGUGAAGAGUUACGAAAAGAGACGAAGGAAUAACUGUAAUCGUUGGGAAUUGUGGAGGCGAAGAUAAUUGUUGUAACACAGAAUGCCUAUCGAAUUGGAAUCAGUGGCACCGAUUACUCAUAAACCCUGUUCACCUUGCAACGGGGAAAAGAUGAACAAAUUAUGCAGACAAGUGUCCAUCGAGAGCCCCAGCGUAACAGGUCGCGAAUGGGUGUUCAGUUUCGAUGUUCCUGUCCCGGAUGUGCCCGCAAACGGUGCCCGUAUCCGAGUGAUGUGUGCAGGAGCCUGUUACCAUCCCCGUCGUUCACCGAGUCUAUCCAGCCUGACUUCCGUUUCCAGCAGUAGCAGUUUAGCAACAGAAGUUUCAUUAGAAGGAGAUUUUCCGCUCUCCUUGCCGCAUCACGGAGUCCGGGAUGCGGCUCUCUUCCCUGGAUACGAGGUUGCAGGUGUAAUCGAAUCUCUUGGGGCCAAUGUACCCGAAGACUGCGGCUACUCCAUUGGAGAUCGAGUGAUCCUCUAUCCUUACGAGGGCAUACCCAAUGGAUACGUUGAAUACCUCGUCGUCCACGAUCUUAAAUAUCUCAUAAAGCUACCCGACAACGUUAGCCUCAGUGUCGCAGCCAUGUUACCCGCUGGAGCUUUAUUAGCCAUGAAUACCGUCUUCGCUGCUCAUGAACAUGUCCAGCAAUUGCUGAAGGAAAGAGACGCAACGAGCGUCUGCAAGAUUUUAAUCGUUGGUACCGGUGGUCUGGCACUCUGGGCUCUUAGAAUCGCGGCAUAUUACUUCAGCAACAUGAGGGAUAGGGUUACUAUCACUAUUGCUUCUUUGAAGGAUGAUGGAUUAACCAUGGCACAGGAAUUCCAACGCGUAAACGUGGUGCAAUGGAGCGAGGGUCUGUACGAGAAGCAGCUGAUCGAACGGACGAUGGACGCGUGUCAGGGCCACGUGGACGUGGUUAUUGAUUUCGGCAUAACAUCGCGCAGUCUUCAUCGUAGCAUGCAAUGCCUGAGCAAAGGAGGUGUCGUCUUUGUGAUAAAAGAUGUAGCCGAUCGUCUUCUGCCGAAAUUCAGUAGACGUGCAGAGGAAUGGCAACAGAGUAUCAAACCGGUAGAGCCAGGUUCCUUGGAACAGCUCCGAGAAUUGGUUGAAUUGGUUGCUUCCGGUAAGAUCGAACCACCUCCGCACACCGUCUAUCCAGCCGAGGAUGUGAUGGACGUGGUUCGCAAAUUAUGCCAUUCCGAGAUCCAAGGACGCGCGAUUUUACGUUUCUAUCCAGCGGAUUAAGGCUGCUGUUAAAAUGGAAACAUUGCGUGUCGCGCGCGGAUCGACACAAGAGCUCGCAAGCGAGGAGAGGAUUGAAUGAGCAGACCUAAUUACCUUUGAUUAAUUAGACACGUUCAGGCCGACGCGGCUAAACUGGGAUACCGAAUAGAAGUUUGAAAUUCUCACAGCUGCGAGACGAGGUGUUUGGAGAUUAUUCAUGAGGAAUAACAUCGGUACAUAGGUAUCACAGGCAUGGUUGUUAAUCGCGAUCAAUGUUACUUUGAAUCGGUACUAUAUAGAUUGUACCCCCGUUCUGUAAGUUAUCGAUAACAGCGUUUGCUGUGUCAUUAGUUUCACGACUAUCGCGAGAAUAAGAACAACGUGACACGCGAAUUCGUGAAACUGUAUCGUUCGUAGAAUAGUAAAAGGUAGAAAGAAACAAGCCGAUGUGACGUAAAUCGCGGAGAGUAAGUAUUAUAGAGAAAGUUUUGCGUUGAACUCGAUACAGCAUCGCGGAAUUUUCCGUGUUUCAUAUUCUCGUGGAUUGCUUUCACUUAAACGAUUAAUAAUAAUAUUAUCACGUUUCAAUUUCGUGUUGCUGAUCGCUGAAGAAAGAGGGCAAUUCUUCUUUCGACGUUCCGGUUUCUUGAUCGGAUAACAAAAUCCGAUCAUCGAACGGAGUCGUCUAACGAGAAUUCGCCAAGUUAAGUCUUUGGAUAGAUUUUAAGCUUACGUGGUAAAAAAAAAAAAAAAUGGAUACGUAAGUUCGAUGUAACAGGUGAUUAAUCGUACCAUCAACUAUUUAACGUCAAUUGAAUCGUAAUCAUCGUGGUUAGUUUCUAAAAUGAGAUAAUACCGGCCUGCAAUCACUGCGUUUGUCGGAAAAUUUCAACGGAGACUGUAAUUGGAUACUCAGAGUCAUAUUGGAAUGAUAUUUGUCCCAAUUUUUAUUGGGUAUUAACACUAUCUGCCGGUGAACUGUUUCACAAAAAAAAA